UUCUUCCAUUCCUCGAGGAUAACGUAGCUCUUCUGCUUCUCGUAUUCUUUAAAGGCGCGUGAGCCACUGUUCGGUUGUCUUUUAGCUUCCGUCCGCUUUAAUCAAUUUACUUUCAACAACUUCCGGCCAACGUUCAACACUUAUACCAAAAUGGAGGGCGCCGCCGAACAGUCCAAGAGCGCCUUGAAGAAGGCCGAGAAGCAAGCUCGCCAUGCUGCCGAUAAGGCUGCCAAGGCUGCUAAGCAGACCAACCUUCCCGUCGUCGGUGGAAAGAAGGCGGACGAUAUCAUUGGUAUCACUGUGUCCAAGGCCGACAAUUUCCCACAAUGGUACCAGGAGGUCGUCCUCAAGGCCGAGAUGGUUGAAUACUACACCGAGAUUUCUGGUUUCUUUGUUCUCCGCCCUCUUUCCAUGCACAUUUGGAAUGAGAUCCGAAAGUGGUUCCAAGGUCACAUUGAGGAGAUGGGUGUUGACGAGACCAACUUCCCUAUGUUCCUGUCUUCCAAGUCUCUCGAGAAGGAGAAGGACCACGUUGAAGGUUUUGCCCCCGAGCUUGCUUGGGUCACUAAGGCUGGUGACAAGGACCUCGAAGUUCCUGUCGCUGUCCGUCCCACCUCCGAGGCCGUCAUGUACCCCUACUACUCCAAGUGGAUUCGCAGCCACCGAGAUCUCCCCCUCCGCCUGAACCAGUGGAACUCAGUCGUCCGAUGGGAGGCCAAGCAGACAACUCCUUUCCUCCGAACUCGAGAGUUUCUCUGGCAAGAGGGUCACACUGCUCACUUGACCGAAGAGCUCGCUGGUGCUGAGGUGUUGGAGAUCCUUGAGCUCUACGCUGGUGUUUACGAGAAGCUCCUUGCUGUCCCUGUGGUCCGAGGUCGCAAGACUGAGAAUGAGAAGUUUGCUGGUGGAUACUACACUACCACUGUUGAAGGUUACAUUCCCUCCAACGGCCGUGGUAUCCAGGGUGCUACCUCUCACGCCCUGGGUCAAAACUUCAGCAAGAUGUUUGACAUCACUGUUGAGGAUCCACAGAAGCAGGGUUCUCACAUCCACGUCUGGCAAAACUCCUGGGGUCUUUCUACUCGAGUUAUUGGUGUCAUGGUCAUGAUUCACGGUGACGACAAGGGAUUGGUCCUUCCUCCCCGUGUUGCCAAGACCCAGGUCGUCAUUGUCCCUGUCGGCAUCAACAAGAAGACUACCCCUGAGGAGAAGAAGAAGCACGAGGAUCAGGUUGAAGAAAUCCGAGCCAACCUUAAGAAGGCUGGUGUUCGUGUCACAGCUGAUUGGCGUGAGGGGUACACUCCUGCCUGGAAGUUCAACGACUGGGAGCUGAAGGGUGUUCCUCUGCGUGUCGAGUUCGGCCCCAAGGACGCUGCCAAGGGUGUUAUCAGCACCGCCCGGCGAGACACUGGUGAAAAGGGAGAAAUUGCCAUCGCAGAUGUUGCCACCAAGGUCCCCGAGCUCCUCGAGACUAUUCAGAGCGAUAUGUACAACAAGGCCGAGAAGUCUUUCCGCGAGCACCGCCUUCAAAUUACCAAGUGGGAAGAUGUUCUUCCCGCUCUGGACAACAAGAACGUUGUUCUCAUUCCCUUCUGUGGUGCGCCCAAGUGUGAAGACCGCAUCAAGGAGCUCACUACUCGCGAGGAGCAGCCUAAUGUCCCCGACAACGAGAAGCUUCCCACCAUGGGAAUGAAGAGUCUGUGUGUUCCUUUCGAGCAGCCCGAGGGUAUUGCUGCAGGCGAGACCAAGUGUCUCAACCCUGAGUGUGAGGGCAAGGCCGACAAGUGGACCAUGUUCGGACGAAGCUACUAAAGGAUUUGAAUGGAUUUUUUAAGUCAGGGAGCGGGAAGGCGUUGGACUGGUAUGCUUAUGAUACACCAGUGUGAUUGUUUACGGCUUGAUGUGAAUGUGAUUAUAUCAUGAAAAGGGAAAGGGGCCGGUCACGGAAUUUGUAACAACUAGAAAAGAAUAUAGAUCAUAGAGAUUAUAUUUAUGGAAAUCUCCUUGAUCUAAGUCAAGUUCUUGAAGGGUGUUGGAUCGCCACUAUCUGUCGACUGUUGACUGGUCUUCUCUAACACCAACCAAAUCGCUCGUUUGCAAUCCAGUCGACCUCUUGGUUAGGGUCCUUUCCGAACCAAUUCAAGCUUGCCAGGUGCUUGUAGUCUUUGACGACGAAUUUAACACCCAAUGACUGGAUACUUUCUGCGACUCGUUUGAUGCGCUCCUCAGGGUUCCAGAGUUCUACUUUGGAGCAUAGCCACUCCUUGGCCUCUUUUUGGGCAAACCCGGCGAUGGCCUCAAUACCUUUGGCAAGGGCCUCGUCUGAGAUGCUCUCAUCUUCAAUUGUGAGACGAAGAAUACGUACAGUGUUCUUCGAAGGCUCAUCAACCCCACCAUAGAAGCUGCAAGUCCAGCUUGCCCAGAUUCUCGAGUUGGGGGCCCCAGGUGGGGUAUACAGAACACCUCGAAUGGUAGGUGUGCGAGAGAAUAUGCGGUUGCACAUAAAGUCCACGCGGCUCAUAUGCCACCCAAUGGUUUCUUUGUCAGGGAUAACAGCGGCACUGGCAGCAGAGGUUGAUGAUGCGACUUUGUUUCGGAUGAUCUCCUCGUCCAGGGCCGUAAGCUCCAGGACGUCGUCCAAAGUGAGAGGCUUUACAGAGGGAUCGGCUGGGGGCAGAGUGUCCUUGACAGGGAACUCGAGAUGUGUGCUCCUGAAAGCCUUCCAUCCAAUAACUCCGUAGAAGUCCGGGCCAACGUCAGACCAUAGGACAGAGAAGUCGGCGUCUCCUUUAUUCUUCUCUUGUCUGCUUCGAAACUCAUCCGCAAGAAGAGACAUCAUCUUCUUGCCAUAUCCCCUCUUUCGAUACUCGGGGCUUGUGAAUACACUAGCCACACCGUGCGCGGUUCCAUCUCUCACUUUUCCGUUGUCAUCUGUAUCAGAUACAAGAGCUCUCUUCUUGUAAGUCUCGCAACAUGAGAGAAUGGGCCUUUCGUCAGGCUUCAAAUUCCCAUCAGUCAGAAUCCAGUUCGUCAAACCACCAUUCCGACCAAGAGGUGCCUUAAUAUUGUUGUAUUCUCGGGCGAUAUAGUCCUCCAAUUUCAGGGCUGCACCCCAUUGAAGAUGAGUGCUUUUCCAUACACGCUCUCUCUCCGAGGUGGUGGGGUUGGUGAGGAUGAGAGAUGGGGAAGUGACAGGAGGGAGGUUUUCCUGGGAUGCCAUUGUGGAACGCCACUACACUUUAACGAUUGAAAAAUACUUUAUGUACUGCAGUAGCCAAAAUUGCAUAGUAGGGAAGAGAUGAUAACUUAUACC